AUGGACCGGCAAAAGCCGAAAAGAUUAGACCUACAAGGUAUUCGUGGUAUUGCGAUUCUCUUGGUGCUUGGUUUUCACUUCUUCCCAGAAUUCUGUCCGAAUGGGUAUCUUGGUGUGGAUCAAUUCUUCGUCCUUUCUGGAUUCUUAAUGUGUAUGUUAUUAAAACGAGCUGAAAAUCAAUCGACAUGCUAUCUGAUCACUUUGUUCUAUUCCAAGCGAUUCAAGAGAAUUCUCCCGUUGUACCUCCUCAUCAUCUUUAUUUCCAUGAUUUGCCUCUAUUUAUUUUUCCCAAGUACCUCAAUCGAGACCAAUCAAGAGAGUGCGAUUCAAGCACUACUUUUUGUAUCAAACAGGCCUAAAACCACACAAGAAGACUAUUUUCAACUGCUAGCCAUUGCAGUCGACAUCUUCACCCAUACAUGGUCUUUAUCUGUGGAAAUUCAAUUCUACUUUCUCGUCCCAUUCAUUUUUCUCUUCGCCGUUAAGGUUCCCGAGAAGUUCCAGUUAGGAUACUAUGGAACCAUUGGGUUUAUUUCCUUUGUCUAUUACAAUACACUGCCACCAACAUUAGCUUUCAACAGUGUUUAUGCAAGAAUUUGGCAGUUUUUGAUAGGAAUGGUUGUGUACCUCCUAGGCGUCUCAAAACCUCAGUUCCAAUAUCAAGUUCUUGCAAACGAAGGAGAUGAAGAAGAAGAGCUAGAGUGCCAACAGCACAUGAUAGAAGAGGAGAGUAAUUCAGCAUCUACCAUAUUCUCCCAACAUGCUGUAUUUGUCUUGUUGGCGUUUUUGAUAAGUGUCACUGCAUAUCCGCAUAAACUUCCAGCUUUGGCUAUAAGGCCAGUCAUCACAGUAGGUACGGGAUUGUUGAUGCUCUUCACUGAAGAUAAUAUUAUUCUAUCGAAUAGAGUUUUGACCUACAUCGGAGAUAUUUCCUAUUCUUUAUAUCUCAUUCAUUGGCCAAUCUAUGCAUAUUGGAAGCUCACGUGCGAUGGAGACACAUUUUUAUUGAUCUCUGCUCUCGUUGGAUCUGUCAUCCUCGCAAUCAUCACCUAUGAAACAUAUGAGAAAUGGUACUUAAAAUUAUCUUCCACAAAUGUAUACAAACUGGCUAUAAUUGGGAACAGUUGGGCAGCUAAUCAUGGAAAAAUGUUCUACCAGGAGUGUUCAUCUAAAGCAAAGAGUAUCAUGCAAGGAUCCGCUUUUGCAUGUGAACCACUCUACGCUACUGGUCAAACUGAUAUUUGCAAAGCUAAUCUAACAGACUUCCAGGAACGUGUCAAGAAAGAAAAACCAGAUUACGCGUUCAUUAUUACUAGAUUCAAGUCUAUUGGAGAUCCUUGGCCAAAAGGAGUGAAGAGUUUCAAAAAUGAUAAAGUUUAUCAAACAAUGAAAGAACAAAUGCUGAAGUUCCUACCAAAUAUAAAAUACAAAUUAUACAUUCUUGACUCCAUUCCUCAAGUGGACAGUAGAUACAUUUUGAAAAUUGUUGGGCUUUUGAAAAAUAAUACAAAUCUAGUUAAUAUUGAUAAAAAGUUAGUACGUCAUGACGGGUAUGAAAUGGCAAGGAGUCGACAUGCACAACUAAUCAAGGAUUGUAAAGGAAGAUGUGAGAUGAUUGAUUAUCUACCGGAAUUCUAUAACAACGCAACUAAAACAUUUCGAUAUUUUGAUGAGAGAGGAUUCUCGUAUUGGACAAUGCCUUCUCAUUUAUCACCUCAUGGUAUUGAGCACAUCAGACAUCUCUGGACUGAUAUUUGUAGAAAAUUGUAG